UGAUGAUGAUGAUGAUAAUGACGUUUACUUCCCUCCUCAGGCUCAAACAUGAACCUAAAAAUAUCGGUGGCCCUCGUGGUUACUCUCUCCGUCCUUACGGAAUUGGCGGUAGCGGCAAAGGGUGGCAAGUCUAAGAAAGAUGGAGACCUAAAGUCGAAGGCUAACUCCAUCAAAGAAGUGUUCAUGAAACUCUGGCCAGCUUGUCGUCGGUCUGCGGUUCCUAUGGAGGGGAAUGGGCUUCAGCAGAAGAAAAAGCAAGCAAUUCCACAACCAAUCCCGGAACCAUGGUUUGGAAUCUGCAAGAUGCUGCUGGAAAUGGAGGACAGAACGAUUAUAGAACCGCCACUAAACAUUGAUAACUGCAAGGGGGAGAAUAACGAAAUAAACUCAAACCGAAGAGAUAGAGAAAAAAAGGGUGAAAAUGACGGAGAAAAAAAGAAGAAACCAGGAAAAGAAAGGCCGAAGGAUGGAAAGGGACAGGAAAAGAGGAAAGGAGGUCGCAAAGGUGGAAAAGAGACAGAUGAUGGCGAGGACACAGAUUUCAAUGACGACGGUACUGACCAAAGUCUGGCUGGACCCAAGAGAAAAGGAGGCAACGAGAAGAAAACGCAACGUAAGGAGGAGCGAAAGGGAAAGAGGGCGGAAAACAAUAGUGGAAAGGGCUCGGCAGAUCAACAAGAAAUUGGAUUUAAAAAAGAAAGCGGCGAAGAGAGUGAUAAAGAGAGAAAGAAAACGGAUGGGAAGAAGCCUGGGAGGAAAGGGAAGGGUGAAAAGAGAGCCAAAACUCUAGAUGGAAAUGAAGAUGGGAAUGCAAACAGCGCUAUCGAGCCACUGCUACCACAGCCACCCAAAAAACAAGACCGUCCAAAAGGAAAUGAUGAGUCGAACCGACGCCGCGAUCAGAAUAUGGGGGACAAUGGGGAGGAAGGGAAGAAAGGGGCGAGAAAAGAAGACAGGCGUAAAAAGAAAGGACAAGACUCAGGUGACAAUGCAGAUGGUAGGAAUGCAGUCAAUGCUUUACCGCUAAGCCCGGACGCAACCACAGAAGGUGAAGAAGGGCUGCAAACCCAGGAUCAGAACAAGAAGAAAGAACGGAAGGAAAAGAAGUCGGAGAGAAAGAAAGAGCGGAAGAACAAAGGUAAAAAUCAAGGUGGAGCUAAACGUGCUAAGGAAGAGAACAACAUUAGCGAGAUACAGUUCUAACAAAGAAACACGUGGAAAAAAGGAAGCAGGAUAGGUGAGGAUGGAGGUUUUUAAGGAGAUGUUUCCUAAAUUGAUUUUUAUCUGAGUUAUAAAGCCUGUUGGAUAAAAAGUUCUAAAAAUUGAGACAAGGUUCAUGUAGCGUUGUUUCAUUUGAAGCAUGACCCCCCCCCCUUUCCCCCCAUUUUCAGCGAAAGUGUUGUGAAGGUAUCAAGCUGCCAUAGGGCUAAUAGUAAACACAGUGAGUCUACAUACAUUAUAGUCUGUAUCGACUUGGAAAGAGGGAAAAAACCUGUAAUAUUUUUCGAAAAAAACUGAUAACUUAAAUAAUACGUUGAGGGAAAGCAGUGCUUUCGAAACAGAAUAAAACUUUGGGAAAUUUGUAUAAUAAAAAGACUUUGUGUUUGAAGUUAUUCUUUAUUCCGUCUGUCUGCUUGGUUAAUUAAUGGGGUUGCCUAUUCAUUAAAAGUGAAAUUUAAACUUUGAUAAUUCAUAAUUAUCACUAUCAACACGAAAACCACUACCAAAGCAUGUUUGUUGACAAUCUCCUCACAUUCAAUUCUAAUCACAGAGGUAUCUAGAACGCCUGAAGACUCUUUCUGAAUCUGAAAGUAAACCUGUGUCCUUGUCA